AUGGCCAAACAUCGGGCACAACACGACCGAUACGAUCGGCCGGCGGUGUGUGAGGUCGUCGGCUGUGACAAAGAGUUUUCGUCGCGGUUUGCAAUGGAGGGUCACAUGAGGUCUAUGCACAUCACCUGUCAGUGCAAACUGUGUGACCAGGAGUUUGUCGGCAAACAGGCGCUCACCGCACACAUGAGGUCGCACUCCGUGGGCGCGAUGUUUAGGUGCGACCAUCCGGGCUGUGACUACGAGUCCUACAACAGCGGAAACAUCGCUGAACACCGAUUACGACACCAAAACAUACGGGACUUUCGGUGCGAAUACGCCGACUGUGGCAAGACUUUUAUCACUGCCCGUCAUCUGCAGCGCCACGCAUUGGUUCACUCAGAUGUGCGGCCCUUCACAUGCGAUUGGCCCGGAUGUGAGGCCGCCUUCAAACUGAUGGAACCAUUAAGACGUCACCGCCUCACUCAUGAGGGUAUUCGACAGUUCCAGUGCCCGCACAUCGCAUGUGAUAAGAGUUUUGUGACCAGAAACGGACUUUGGAGGCAUAAAAUGUCUCAUUUGAAAGACAAGCCGUACGCCUGUGAUUGGCCAGAGUGUGGACAACGGUUUGCCAGUAAUCAGACCCUUAAGACACAUGUGAACGAACACCAGGGGAUCCGACCCUAUAGUUGUCAAUACAGUGGAUGUGAUAAGAGUUUUAGCGGUAAACCCGGUCUCAGAAAUCACAUGAAUGUCGUUCACAAACACAACGUUUAG